CUAUGGGGGCAGGGUCUGAGAAAUCCGAGGUAAGCAGGAUGGAUCUCACGCUCGAUCUUCCAUCUCGGCGAGGAGCUAGCUGGCUAGUGAUUGGGACAAUGCCCGUGCCCCGGUCGAUCUGUGUGCGUCAAGACCGCCAUGGAGGAGUUUGUGAUCCGGAAUUUGCAACAGCAGGACCGCCUCGUGAUCGGCCGAGCCCAAAGUCAAGAGGAUGAUACACGCCGGUCGAGCUGCGGCAAUCAGUGCAGUGAGCCCCGGAGGAACUGAGAUCCGUCCGGGCUAAAGGCCGGAGUCGAUUUUCUCCACGCAAGAACAGGAACCCCGUGUCGAGCAUCAUGCUUCUCUCGGACGGGAAGGACAAUGCGAAGUUCUUCCGGUGACAGUGGUAGCGAGGGCGUUCCAGUGCACCCUUUUGGAUUUGGAUCCCGAGGCCAUGCUGAGCAUCGCCCAGGCCACCGACGGUAGCCGUCCAGCACGCGUUGGUGGCACAGGAAGUGGAGGUCUGUGAUUGAAGUGGUGCCAGCAUGAAGGGAUUUUCUGGUCGAUUGUCCAUCUCGCAAUUGCGGCUCAUCGUUCACUCGCAUGUAAGCAUUCGUCACCAUUUCCUUUUAUACUUGUUUGUCUCCUUUUUUUGUUCUCUUUUUCUGGCAGCUUCUUCUUCUGGCUGGAGGCCGCGUAAGUAAUUGUCGAGUGUUUUUCUCAUAUCUUGCUCUUCUUCCUAUGUAACUUAGUGAACUAUCUUGCAGCCACUCCCAAGGAAGGCAAUGGCGAUCUCGUCGUUCGUUACAAUGUGUGGCUCUGCAGAUUUGCAAUGCAGUUUUGGCAGCGAGGAUAAUGAAUGCAAUGCCUGUGUUGCCGGAGUAGGAUACUCUCUGUGGAACGAUAAAAGACGUCAAGAGUCGUUUCAAACCGGACGUGAUGCAGCAGGCUCCGCGCUGAAGGCCACUUCAUGUCGAUCCACCUCCCUGGGUGCCUCGCCAUCUUCAAACCGGAAGAACAGGAGAUACUAUGAAAGUACCGCGAGCAAAACUUUGCCAAGAAGCGCCUCGUCUACAACGAGAGGCGCUUGAUCGGGAACUGUCCCUUGACACCGGAAGAAGUAGGUUCAUCCUCCAGGCAAUGGGCCUCGACAACUCGACGCGCCUCUACCUCGCAGCGGGCGACAUCUUUCGAGGCGAGACGUUCAUGCAGCCACUGUAUCCUCACCUAGAGAAUCGCACCACCGUCGCUGCUCCGGAGGGGCUGGAAGCUGUUCAGGCCGAGGGGGCUGAGACCGGCGGUGGACUACAUGGUGUGCUUGCUCUCGGACGUCUUCAUGCCAACUUACGCCGGUUCUUAGCAACUUUGCUCCUGGGCCACAGGCUUUACUACGGCUUCCGGGCGUCCAUCCAGCCCAACAGGAAGGCUCUGGCACCGAUCUUUAUGGCUCGCGAGAGUGGUGGCGGCGGCGGCGACGCUAACUUCGAGGCCAUGGUGAGAGGCGAGGUCUUCCCGCCGGGUGAAUCCCGAGUCGUCUUCACGAAUCGCUGGCCGGAGUGCUUCUCGGGCGAGAGGUGCCCAGCGACUACCAGCAUGAACGCCAGGGCUUUGGAGGAAGGUGGCGACGGGCCCUUCGGGUGGAAGGAUCGAAUAAUUCAUCUAUCUUGUUAGUUUAUAAUGAAAGAACAUAGGCAAAUGAACAACCGCGUUGCUUCA